GUGGGAACCUGGUUCCGGGUCGGAGGCGAGGGAGGAACAACUUGUGCGUGCGGUGGGCGUGGGCCUUCAUUGUCCGCGGGACUCUCCGGGAUCCGCUCGCGCACCCGCUGGGAUUUGUCGGGAGUUCGGGCGACAGCUGCGGCGAGUGUGGAGCCUCCCUUUGUCCUCUCGGACCUCCCUGCCCUCCUUCUGGCCUCCUGUCGUCGCCCUGCUGCGUGCCGCUGCCCCCGGACCCCUGGGUGCGACCUUGGAGACUUCUCGCCACCUUCGCCUUCCUACCGAGCCGAGCCCCCGGAGCUGCGAGGGGGAGGCUGUCGCAGGCCGGUGGCUGCAGGAUGGUGGCGGGGCAGGCUCCGGGCCGCAGCCCCUGGAGCUGGCUGCUGUCCGGGCUGUGGUUGCUGGCGCUAGGCGGGCCCGGGGCUCGGCUGCACGCCCAGGAGCAGCCCUCCUGCAGAACAGCCUUUGAUCUCUACUUCGUCUUGGACAAGUCUGGGAGUGUGGCCAACAACUGGAUUGAAAUUUACGAUUUUGUCCAGAAGCUUACAGAAAGAUUUGUGAGCCCUGAAAUGAGAUUAUCUUUCAUUGUGUUUUCUUCUCAAGCAACCAUUAUUCUGCCAUUAACUGGAGACAGAGGCAAAAUCAGCAAAGGCUUGGAGGAUUUGAAGCAUGUUAGUCCGGUAGGAGAGACAUAUAUCCAUGAAGGACUAAAACUUGCGAAUGAGCAAAUUCAGAAAGCAGGAGGCUUGAAAACCUCCAGUAUCAUAAUUGCUCUGACAGAUGGGAAGUUGGACGGUCUGGUGCCAUCAUAUGCCGAGAAGGAGGCACAACUAUCCAGAUCACUCGGGGCUAGCGUCUAUUGUGUUGGUGUCCUUGACUUUGAACAAGCUCAGCUUGAAAAAAUUGCUGAUUCCAAGGAACAAGUUUUCCCUGUCAAAGGCGGCUUUCAAGCUCUCAAGGGGAUCAUUAAUUCUAUAUUGGCUCAGUCAUGUACUGAAAUCCUGGAAUUGCGGCCCUCAAGUGUCUGUGUAGGGGAGGAAUUUCAAAUUGUUUUGACCGGAAAAGGAUUCUUGUUGGGCAGUCGGAAUGGCAGUGUCCUCUGCACGUAUUCUGUAAAUGAAACAUACACAAAGAGUGUUAAGCCAGUAAGUGUGCAGGUUAAUUCCAUGCUUUGUCCUGCUCCGAUCCUCACUAAAGUUGGAGAAACUCUUGAUGUUUCCGUAAGUUUUAAUGGAGGAAAAUCUGUCAUCUCCAGCUCAUUAACAAUCACAGCCACAGAAUGCUCUAAUGGGAUUGCGGCCAUCAUUGCUAUUUUGGUGCUGUUGCUGCUCGUGGGAAUUGCCUUGAUGUGGUGGUUUUGGCCCCUCUGCUGCAAAGUGGUUAUCAAGGACCCUCCACCACCACCACCGCCUGCACCAAAGGAGGAGGAAGAAGACCCUCUGCCUACCAAGAAAUGGCCUACGGUAGAUGCCUCCUAUUACGGUGGUCGGGGAGUCGGAGGAAUUAAAAGGAUGGAGGUGCGUUGGGGUGAUAAAGGAUCUACUGAGGAAGGUGCGAGGCUAGAGAAAGCCAAAAAUGCUGUGGUGACACUUCCCGAAGAGUCAGAGGAACCCAUCAGGCCUAGACCACCCAAGCCCAAGCCCACCUACCAGCCUCCGCAAACAAAGUGGUACACGCCAAUUAAGGGUCGUCUUGACGCACUCUGGGCCUUGCUGCGGCGACAAUACGAUCGUGUUUCCCUGAUGCGACCUCAGGAAGGAGAUGAGGGCCGGUGCAUAAACUUCUCUCGAGUUCCAUCUCAGUAACUGAGAAGUACGAAGACUAAGAGGGUACGAAGAUGGCAUGUGUUCACACUGCUGAUUUCCAACCAAACGAAACUAGCCAAGUGCCUUCCAGAAGCUUUGGAGAAGAGCAGCUUAACUCCUUCCAGUCAGGAAAUGUUUUCCCUGCCUUCUGCUUUGCUUGCACCAAACGUUUCCACCCACUUGUCCUGCCAUCUACGCGGGAGGCGAUGAAACUCAAUUGUAACUGAAGAGCCAUGGCAUUGGAAGUAAAGAGGAGGGUUUAUACAAGGAAGUGUGCAUGUGUCAGUGAGGCUAAGCAGCAGCAGCAAGGGCAACAUGAAGAUGCUACCAAAGCCACCAGCAUAGAGCAAGUAGCCGUGAUGGGUCUUUCAUGGAGACAGGGGUUUUCUUCAAGGCACUUGUGUUUGUAUAAUUCAAGAUCUUUAGCCAAAGGCAGAGUGUGAAAUUUCCAACCAGGAUAAGCAAAUUAUGGAGUCCAUUGCCUUAUAGCCAUGUCAGAUCACAAACUCCUCCCAAGUCCCCUAUCACUGUGUGCCUUGCGGGAAGUUUCUGACUGGAAAAUCUUGUCAUUCUAACACUGAAAAGUGCACACGCAUGAUAAAAUGUAGACAAGAUGCCUCAAGGUAUGGGUAGCAAGCAAGAUUUCGCCCUUUCGUUUUUGAAGACACCUUUCUUUCAUUAUGCACUCGGGACACGAAACUAAUGGAGCGUUAUUCCACGGGAAGACAGCCUGUAACCAGAGAUCUGAAAAGGAGACUCAGGGCCCGCUGCUUUGAGAGCUAGUCCCUGUGACCGGUAGAUUUCCCUCUUUUUCCUGUAUUUUGGAUUUAGUAGUGCAUAAAGCAUUCAUAGUAAACAUACCUGGGAGUUUGUUUGGCUUUUCGUUUCAAGGAAGCCACAACCACAAAAACUCCCACUCAGGGUUCUUUCCUUCCUUCAGGUCUCCAAGGGCUCUUCGGCGUCACAAGUCAGCAACUCUCUUUGCAUGAAAAUUUCAAAGUUUAAUUAAUAUAAUUAAAGGCAACAGCAAGCAGCAGCCUGUGAAGAUUUUGCUCAUCUUUUUUUUAUGCCUUUUGACAUUGAAUGACCUAUUACUGUACGCGCAUGACUCGGAUGUUGAGGAGCACUCUACCUUGGUGAGGAUUCCGUAGAGGAAAAAGGCCUCCUUUCUUCGAUCUGUAAAUUACAAUUUCAGGAGAGUUGCCAUCAUGAAACUUGGGCAACGUAGGCAUUAUAAUGUUUCAGGAAAACCACCAUCGUGUCACGUCGACGAUGCCAAGUUAUGUUAGCGUGAACACAGACGCUGGGGGGGAGGAGGGAGGCAGCAGCUGAAGAAAAAAGCUCCAACGAUCUAGUCACUUUCGAUACUUUACUUCAGAUGCGAAAUGGAUAUUCGACUCGAAACCUGACAAAGCGCGGCUGCUUUGAUGGGAACUGGUAUAGACAAUGACCAGUGGCUGGGUCAGUGGGAUGUCUCUCUGCGAGCGCAAAGGCUCAUCAAAUGACACUAAAAAUAAGUUCAACAACCAUCACAUGCGAAGAGAGAAGGCAAACAUUUCAUGUUUGGCGGGCAUGUGAGUGCACAAGAUGGAAAGAGUGAUUUGGAGCAUCCUGGCAUAAUCACCCCCGUUGUGCACUUCAUGGAAAUUUCAAAGAAUGGGAGUGAAUCUGUUGGGAUAGUGUUCAGGUUUGUGGCACUGCUCCAAGAAGCCUUACACGCACACGCAAAUAUGUAUACAUACAUACACAUUUACAUAUAUAUGGGUGUAUGUCUGUGUAUAUAUUUGUAUCCUCUAGCUUGAAUCCCUUGCUCAAGUUUAUUUAUGUCACUGGCUGGCUGGAUCCAAAGUCAUGUGUCCACUUACUCUAUUAAAUAAAGUUUUUACCCAUUCCUGUGUUAUCAUGUCCUUUAAAGCUCAUAUCUUCUUUGGUUGAAUAUAGAAUUGUCCUGGAUAUUUGAUUUCCAAGAUGUCCCUCAUGUUCAUAGAUGAUACUGUUGCCAAUCCAUGCUUGGGAGUGUAAUGUUGAAGCCUCACAGAGCACACCCAACAACUUCUGCAAUGAGUUCUCACAGAUCUUUGUUCUGCAUUUGCAUCUGGAAUAGGACUUUUUGCUACUUUCUUAAAUGGAUGCUUCAUUUCUGAUCUCUAUGCACCCAUAGAUGAUAUUUUAACAACAUUGAGGAUGUUACUUGUAGAAAUUACAGCCACGUUUCCUUGAUAGUUACUUAAAAUUUCUGUAGUAUUAGGGAGCGUCUCACUGCAUGUACAGUGUGAACGAACCACUCUGCCUCUAAGUGACAAAGUGGGUUGCAGGAGAUUGUGCCACAAGUACCAAGAAGAUCUGUCCGUGGAGAGGGAGGCUCAGUGAUCUGUAUGUAGGAUGGAAAAAUCAUAAAGUUCAAAGACAGAUGGAAUUUCUUUGUCCUUAAUGAUGAAAACCACUUGUGUGAUGUGCUUUUUUCUGAUUGACUAGCGAAUGAGAAGAACUUUUUUAAGGAGCUGUAUUUUCUUAACAAAGGUCUAGAUUAAAAAGAUCCCUACAUCUCGAAUCCAGUAACAUAGGUUAGAAUCAAGCCACGUAUCUAAAUUUCCUUUAGAGAAAAAGCUUCAGCUUAAUUUCCUGGACAUGAUGUCAGUCAAGAUCUUUCUGUGCAUAAAGGAGGAAGUCUUAUCCAUAAUCCAUUUGUGUUGCAUAAGGUUGCAAAAACAAUUAAGUGGGAAAUGACUCCUAACUUAUGUGCCUACUCUGCCUAGAAAGAAAGUUUUGAAGGCAUCUAUAUAUAUUUCAUAACAAUGUCUGUUCUUUAUGGAUUUGAUCCAUAAAUAUUUAUCUAUCUGAAAACUUUGAUACUUGGAAU